AAUGCUUUAAUGUCCUAAAAAACCCACUCUCACAACUCAUCGGCGUUGCUACGAUCCACCGACGGCGAUGAGAUUUUUAGGCAUAGGCUCUUCCGAUGACGCGUCUCCGCAGUCGACGGCGACAGCAUCUUCUUCAGCCCCUAAUUUUUCUUCAUCCACCGCCGUAGCAUCCGGCCCAGCCAGACCUAUCCGCCUUGUUUACUGUGACGAGAAAGGGAAAUUCCAGAUGGAUCCGGAAGCCGUCUCUGUUCUUCAGCUAGUUAAAGAACCCGUAGGCGUGGUCUCAGUCUGCGGCCGCGCUCGCCAGGGCAAGAGUUUCAUCUUGAAUCAGCUUCUUGGAAGGAGUAACGGAUUUCAGGUAGCAUCAACUCAUCGUCCAUGUACAAAAGGACUUUGGUUGUGGAGUACACCUAUAAAGAAAACAGCUCUUGAUGGAACUGAAUACAACCUUUUACUAUUAGAUAGCGAAGGAAUUGAUGCUUACGAUCAAACGGGGACAUACAGCACACAAAUUUUCUCCCUAGCUGUCCUCUUAUCGAGCAUGUUUAUAUACAAUCAGAUGGGAGGUAUUGAUGAGGCUGCACUUGAUCGCCUCUCUCUUGUAACUGAAAUGACUAAGCAUAUACGUGUAAGAGCCUCUGGGGGCAAGACUACAGCUUCUGAGCUUGGACAGUUCUCCCCGAUCUUUGUCUGGCUUUUAAGGGACUUUUACUUGGAUUUAGCUGAGGACAAUAGGAAAAUAACACCUCGUGACUACCUAGAGCUUGCUUUGAGGCCGGUUAAUGGUGGUGUAAGAGAUGUUGCUGCCAAGAAUGAGAUUCGAGAAUCCAUCCGCGCUCUUUUUCCGGAUAGAGACUGCUUUACUCUUGUUAGGCCUUUGAACAAUGAGAAUGAGCUUCAGCGACUUGACCAGAUUCCGUUGGAGAAAAUGAGGCCAGAGUUCAAAUCAGGACUAGAUGCUUUGACAAGGUUUGUAUUUGAGAGGACCAGGCCCAAGCAAGUUGGGGCCACAGUUAUGACUGGACCCAUUUUUGCUCGUAUCACUCAAUCCUUCUUAGAUGCUCUUAAUAACGGUGCAGUGCCUACAAUAACCUCCUCGUGGCAGAGUGUUGAAGAAGCAGAGUGUGAAAGGGCAUAUGAUUCGGCUACUGAACUCUAUGUGUCCAUCUUCGAUCGUACAAAGCCGCCUGAGGAGGCUGCAAUGCGAGAAGCACAUGAAGAGGCUGUUCAAAAGGCGGUGGCCACUUUUAAUGCCAUUGCUGUGGGAACUGGUUCUGCAAGGCAAAAAUAUGAAAAACGGUUUCAUACAUUUUUGAGGAAGGCUUUUGAGGAUUAUAAGAGGAAUGCCUUCAGGGAGGCUUACUUGCAAUGUUCGAAUGCCAUACAGAACAUGGAAAAGGAAUUAAGAAAAACUUGUCAGGCCCCUUCCACAAAAUUAGAUGAUGUUCUAAAGGUUCUUGAUCGGCUUUUAUCAAAGUAUGAAGCAACUACGCAUGGUCCUGAAAAAUGGCAGAAACUAACUUCAUUCUUACGACAAAGUUUGGAAGGUCCAAUUCUUGAUCUUGUCAAGAAGCAAAUAGACCAUAUUGUUUCAGAGAAGAGUUCCCUCCAGCUGAAAUGCCGCUCAAUUGAAGAUAAAAUGGAAUUGCUUAGCAAGCAAUUAGAAGCUAGUGAGAAGUACAAAUCCGAUUACUUAAAGCGCUAUGAGGAUGCCAUCAAUGACAAAAAUAAGCUUUCACAGGAUUAUAUGAGUCGUAUAACAAAUCUUCAGAAAAACUCGAGCUCAUUGGAUGAAAGAUGCUCCGGUUUAUCAAGAACUCUGGAAGCCGCUAAACAGGAAUCCACGGAAUGGAAAAGAAAAUACGAACUUUCAUUAUCUAAGCAAAAAGCUUUAGAAGAUCAGGCUGGCUCAGAAGUAGCAAAUCUCAAGGCGAGAAACAGUGCUGCUGAGGCGAGAUUAGCUGCUGCACAAGAACAAACCAUGUCUGCUCAAGAGGAGGCACAGGAGUGGAAACGUAAAUACGACAUUGCUGUUAGAGAAGCAAAGAGUGCACUCGAGAAAGCUGCUGCUGUGCAAGACCGUUCAAGUAAACAAACACAACAUCGAGAAGAUACUCUUAGAGCUGAAUUCGCUGGUACAUUGGCUGAGAAGGAAGCUGAACUAAAAGAUAGGGCAUCAAAGCUUGAAUACGCGGAGCAGUGUGUGACGACUUUGAGUUUGCAACUAAAGACUGCCGAGUCAAAGAUAACAAAUUACGAUUCAGAAGUAUCUUAUUUGAAAAGUCAGAUCAAGGAGUUGGGAGAAAGGUUGGAAAGUGCAAAUGCCACUGCUCAAUCUUACGAAAGAGAAGCAAAGAUUCUGGAGCAAGAAAAAGUUCAUUUGGAGCAGAAAUAUCGAUCGGAGUUUGACAGGUUUGAGGAAGUCCAGGAAAGAUGUAGAAAUGCCGAAAAGGAAACUAAACGAGCAACUGAGUUGGCCGAUACUGCACGCGCCGAAGCAGUCACUGCUCAGAAAGAAAAAAGCGAGAUCCAACGGUUAGCAGGCGAAAGAUUAACCGAAAUCGCGAGGUCCGAAAGACGUAUAGAGAACCUUGAAAGGCAAACAAAGGACCUAGCUAACGAGUUGGAUAGAUUCCGAGCUGCUGAGAUGGAUGCUGUAUCUAAAGUCACGAUGCUAGAGGCACGGGUCGGAGAAAGGGAGAAAGAGAUUGAAACGCUACUAAAAUCAAACAACGAACAAAGGGCUAGUACCGUACACGUCCUCGAAGGCCUUCUCGAGACCGAGCGGAUAGCUCGGGCUGAAGCUAAUAACCGGGCCGAAGCACUCUCUGUUCAGCUACAAGCCACUCAGGGGAAGCUCGACUUGCUCCAGCAACAAAUGACUACCGUCCGCCUAAACGAAUCUGCACUCGAUGGUAAGCUUAAAACCGCUUCCCAUGGAAAACGUGUUAGAGUCGAAGACACAAUGGGCACGGAUUCGGUUCAAGAAAUGGAUGUUGAAAAUAGAAGAAGAGCAAGCAAGAGGUCUAGGAGCACGACUAGCCCUCAAGAUGGUGGCUCCUUGUUUAAAGGCGAUGAAGAUAACCAGAGUCAACAAACCAGUAGCGAAGAUCAUACGAAAUUCACCAUUUUGAAACUGAAACAAGAGCUCACGAAACACAACUUUGGUGCUGAGCUGCUUCAACUGAAGAACCCGAACAAGAAAGAGCUCGUGGCGCUUUAUGAACGAUGUAUCCUCGAGAAGCCAUGAAUCGGUAAGAUGUUGCUAUUUCGUCUACAGCGAGUAUUAACGGUUAGUGUAGUUUAGUUAUGUGUAGGUGAUAGAAGUGAAGAUGUGAUUAUUGUCGGGUUGGAGUACAAUUAUUGUAUCAUGUUAUUUUGUUGAUGAGGUAUGGGUGGAAUCAAAUUUGGUACAAACUUGCUUUGUGUGUGUAGUAGGGGUUUGUUUUCAGCUACAUGAGCGUUGGGUGUGUUGGCUUGGUUUGUUUUGUUUUGAAGGAUGGAACAUAUUUUGGCUAUUGGCAUGUACAUUAUUACCCUUGAUAAAAGCAUUUGUGCUUUUUUA